GAAGAGAACAGACCUGUUGUGUACUUGCAUUAAUGAUCAUAUGUGGUCGUAUUGUACUGAACUAUUGCAGUUUGGACGCUGAGGGAAGAUUUAAUUUACAAAAUCUUAUACAAUUUUAUUAAAAAGAAAGGAAAAGUGGUAUAUAAAACUUAUACAAGAGUACUGGAAUUGGAAAUAGAGACGACCUUUUUACAUGACCUGAAGGAGAAAGUUAAAGACAUACUUAACCCCCUUCCGAAAGAAACUUAGAGGAAAAAAAGAAUUGGAUACUCCAUUCAUGUGAUUAUAAAUUGAUUAUUGUAAAUUAUGACCACGUUUUGUAUCCGAGUUUGAUAUUAUUUUGCUCUGAAUUACAAAUAUAUUUUGUUACAAAACUUGAAUUUGACAUUUAAAAAAUGGGUAAACCAUCUUAUGGACAAAGAAGGGAAAAGGGGAAAACGUUAUCUUGGAUGUAUCGAAAGAAGGCUAAAUUGAGAAGGGCAAAAAGUUCUGAAGUAAAAGUAACGGAUACCGCAAUCAUAAACGAACAGAAUUCUCGAAUAAUUGUGAAGAAUUUAUCCUUUAAGGCAACAGAAGAAGAUGUAAGGAGAUUUUAUGAGCCAUUUGGUGAAAUCAAAGAAAUAAACUUUAUGAAGCGUCCAGAUGGGAAUCCAGUGGGAUGUUUCAUAGACUUUAAACGUGUUGAAGAUGCUUCAAAAGCAAUAUUUAAUACGAAUAAAAAGGAGUUUCUUGGAAGGAACAUAAACAGUAGCUGGGCUAUAUCAAAACUCAAAUUCUCCGAAAAACUUGAAAAAAGUCUUACUGAAAAUCAAGAAAUUGAUAAAGAUGAAGGAUCUUCUCAAGAUACUCAAAAAGAAAAUGAUGACAGUAAUAAUACUCAGAAAAAGAUCACAAAUGAGAAGAAUAACUUGAGAAAGCAAAAGAUAAGAAAAUUACACAAGAUGAGGAAACAAAAAAAACGAGCCAGGAUUGUAAUAAGAAAUUUAGCUUUUCAGGUUACAGAAGUUAAUUUGAAAGAACAUUUUGCUCAAUAUGGCGAAAUAGAGGAAAUAAAGAUUUUAACCAAACCUGAUGGUAAACCAGCUGGAGUUGCGUUCUUACAAUAUAAUUUUGUACAAAAUGCUGCAAAGGCUAUACAUUAUGCAAAUAUGCUACCUCUUUUAAACAGGCCUAUGAUAGUCGACUGGGCUGUUCCUAAAACAAAGUUUUCUCAAAAUAAUACAGAUGUGAAGGUAGAAGUCAAAACUGAACCUAUUGACGAGGAUGAAGUACAUAAUAUUUCAGAAAUAAAUGCAUCUUCUAACAGUAAAAAUGACGUUAGUGAUUCAGAUGCUGAAUCAGAUAGAGAAGUUACAGUGGAAAGUAUAAAAGAGGAGACUGAAUCUGAUGAUGAGAUAAAAAUACAUGAAACAGAAGAUACUGACGAUGAAGAUGAAAGUGAUGACAGUAAUAAUGAUAAUGAUUCCAAUGUAAUUAAUAGAUCUGUUAUUAAGGAAGAAGACAUUGAUCAAGAAGAGAAAUAUUCUGUAAAACGUCCAAAUCGAGUGUCUAAUGAUGUUAAUGAAGGAAAAACAAUUUUUCUAAAGAAUAUACCAUUCUCUGUAAAAAAUGACGAACUUAAAAAGUGCAUGGAACAAUUUGGACCUGUCUACUAUGCUCUCGUGUGUAUAGAUCCUCUGACCGAAUAUUCUAGAGGCACUGCAUUUGUUAAAUUUCAACGUGUUGAAGACGCCGAAAAUUGUUUAUUAGCUGGAACUGAAUUACGUUUACGUGACCAAAUAAUCGAAGCCCACAGAGCAUUACGUAGAAAUGAAGUUGAGGACAAAAAGAAUUUAAAAGGAAAAAAGAUUAAAGAUUCUAGGAAUUUAUAUCUUAUCAAAGAAGGAGUUGUGCUGGCCAAAAGUCCAGCCGCAGCGGAAGUGUCAGUAUCCGAUAUGGAAAAACGUUUGAAAUUAGAACAAUGGAAAUCACAGAUGUUACGUAACUUGAAUAUGUUUGUAUCGAGAGUACGGCUGGCUGUUCAUAAUUUACCUUCCAAUUUUGAUAACGAAAAACUUAGACAGUUAUUUAAAAAUCACAGUGGUCCUAAGGCUAUAAUUAAAGAAGCGCGAGUUAUGCGUGAUUUGAAAAACAUUGAUGCGACGGGGAAAGGAAAAUCAAAAGAGUAUGGCUUUGUUACAUUUACCUCUCAUGAAGAUGCACUUAAAGCUUUAAGAAGUAUAAACAACAAUCCAAAUAUAUUUUCUAAAAGCAGAAGACCUAUAGUUGGAUUCUCGAUAGAAAAUCGUAUCUUAGUGAAUGCGAAAGAAAGAAGAAUUCAAAAAAGUCGAGAGCACAAUCCGUUGUGGUCUGGAAACAAAGAUAAAAAGAAAAAUGAGGACAAGAAAGAAGUUCCAACUAAACGAGUUAAAGUUAGAAAAUUAAAUGAUCAAGAAGAAAAAUCAUAUGCAGGCAUGACCAGCAAAUUCGGUCAGGAUAAAUUAAGAUCAAACUUUAAUCUCAAGUCACAAGCCGAUUUACAUACGAUGACCGUAAAAAAGCAGAAGAAACUGAAUAAAGCGGCUAAGCAAUUGAACAUUGUAAAACAAGAAAAGAUAAAGAAAAGACAAGACAACGUGCCAUUGAAAAAAGCGAAGAAGUUUGAUACAGAUGAUGCAAAUUUCAAUAAGCUUUUAAAUAAUUAUAGAAACAAAUUAAAAGGAAUUGAUUUGAAAAAGUCGAAAUGGUAUGAGUCCUUGGCUGGAUCUUAAUAUGUAG